AUGAGUACGAAGGCAUUGAUUCCACCGCAGCAGGCCCCUUCCUGGAAGACAACUCCUGCAGAGAUCUUGAAACAGGCCCAGGACCUCAUCGAUAGGGCAAAGUCCCUUGACGAUGAGCUGGCCUCUGUUGAGUCCCCUUCAAUUGCCAAUGUCCUUGAGAGACAGGCUCAGUUCAACAACGCCAAUGCUCUUUUGGAGAACCAAUUGACUUUCCAACAGCACGUUUCAGAGGAUAAGGAGAUUAGAGAUGCCAGUACGCAGGCGGAGAAGUUGCUGAGAGACUUUGGAAUCGAAUCCCAACAGAGGGAAGACGUCUACAAGAGCUUCCAGACGUUGCUGGAUACCGUUGUCCUUGACCAAUUGGCACCAGAGACCAAGAGAUACCUGGAGAAAACCGUUAGGGAGUACAAGCGUAAUGGAUUGGGCUUGCCAGUGGAGGAUCGUCUUGAGGUCAAGGAGAUUCAGAAGAAGCUAUCUGAUUUGAGCUUGAAGUUCUCCAAAAACCUGGGUGAAAACACGGAGUACAUCCUGUUUACAGAGGAGGAGCUUGAAGGUGUUCCGAAGGACACGGUGGAGCAAUUCGCCAAAGUUGAUGGCAAGCUCAAGAUGACUUUCAAAUACCCUGACUUGUUCCCGGUGUUGAAGUUUGCCAAAUCUGCUGAGACUAGAAAGAGGGCAUUCAUUGGUGAUCAGAAUAAGAAUGCGGACAACGAGCACCUGCUUGUCGAAGCAAUCAAACUGAGAAAGCAAUUGGCUAAAAAGCUAGGCUAUGAGACCUUUUCCGAUUACGUCUUGGAGGAGAGAAUGGCCAAAGACACGAAGACCGUUAAGGCCUUCUUGGAAGAUCUUAAGACCAAGCUGAAACCUUUAGGAUUGAAAGAGCGUGAUGUUUUGCUACAGUUGAAGAAGCAGGAUUGCGAAUCUAGAGGGCUGGCAUUCGACAAUGAAUACUAUGUUUGGGAUAACAGGUUCUACGAUAAUCUCUUGUUGGAGAAGGAGUUCCAGAUCGAUGAACAAAAGAUCUCAGAGUACUUCCCUAUGGACUCCACUAUUGAAAAGAUGCUCGAGUUCUUUGAAAAACUGUUCAACUUGAAGUUUGUUGAACAAUUGGAGUCAAAAUCCACCUGGCAUAAGGAUUGUAAGCAAUUUGCUGUUUGGAAUGAGGACGACAAGGCCAGCCCACAGUUCGUCGGCUGGUUGUACUUUGACUUACACCCUCGUGAUGGUAAGUAUGGACAUGCUGCCAAUUUCGGUAUUGCACCAGGGUACACUAAGGAGGAUGGCUCGCGUUCAUACCCUGUAACUGCCUUGGUCUGUAACUUCUCCAAACCAACAGCAGAGAAGCCAUCCUUGCUGAAGCAUGACGAAGUUACAACGUUCUUCCAUGAAUUGGGACAUGGUAUUCAUGACUUGAUGGGCAACACCAAGUAUGCAAAGUUCCAUGGAACCUCUGUCUCCUGGGACUUUGUCGAGGCACCUUCUCAAAUGUUGGAGUACUGGACUUGGUCACCAAACGAGUUGAAGCAAUUGUCAUCGCACUACAAGACUGGUGAGCGCAUACCAGAUGAUUUGGUUGCUCAAUUGGUGAAAACCAAGCAUGUUAAUGGUGGCUUAUUCAACUUGAGGCAACUACACUUUGGACUGUUUGACAUUACGGUCCAUUCGUCUGAGGAGGACAUCGAUUUGACAUCCUUCUGGAACAAAUUGAGACAAGAGACAGCAUUGGUUGCAAAUGGUGAUACUGUGUCAAAGGGGUUCCAGUCAUUUGGACAUAUCAUGGGUGGUUACCAAGCUGGUUAUUACGGUUACCUGUGGUCCCAGGUUUUCGCUGCUGAUAUCUACUACACCAAGUUCAAGCAGGAUCCAAUGAAUACCGCAAAUGGUGUCCUAUACAGGGACAUUGUGCUAAGCAGAGGUGGUUCUCGUGAUGAGAUGGAUAACUUGAAAGAGCUAUUGGGUAGAGAACCAAACAAUGAGGCCUUUUCGAAAGAAUUGGGACUGGCUUAG